CAUACACAGAUAACUGAGACUGAAUUUCUACAAUAUGGCCGGAAGAUUGCAAAAUUUAACUUAAUGGAGGAAACUCAUGGAAAAAAAUGGCAGAAGAUACCGAAAAAAUAUUUCCUUGUCGAUUGCACUGCAGAAUAUGCCAAUACAUUUGAGCUGGAGCAAGACCAUCCAUGUGUCAUUCAUCUUAUACGGAAAAAGUUUCUACGCCCACCAGCAUCUAGAAAUCUUCCUUACCAAAUGAGCCAACCUACUUUGGUAGACCCAUCAGAUGGGCAAUCUCAAGCUAUUUUGCGUCUUUUGCGCAACCAAACGAAUGGAUUUUUUAUUGAAUGCGGGGCUUUGGAUGGCGAAUAUCUCUCAAAUACUUUGUAUAUGGAGCGAGCACUGAACUGGGAAGGAAUAUUGAUUGAAGCUGAUCAAAAGGCUUUUAGCCAGCUGACUGCUCGUAAUCGAAAAGCCUACUCUUUGCCAGUCUGCCUUAGUACAAAACCUUAUCCUAUCCAGGUUGCGUUUAAUGUCUCCAGCUGGUCUGGAAGCUUUAUUAUGGAAGAAAACAGAUCAGAAAUGUUUCAUGAAGAAAUUCGGAAAAAUGACCAUGAAAAUUCAAAUACUGUCUACAAAGUUCAGUGUUUUCCCCUAUACUCCAUACUUCUAGCUGUGGGGAAAACAGAAAUAGAUUUUUUUGGCCUGGAUGUGGAGGGAUCCGAGUUCAAAAUACUCAAAACCAUACCUUGGCACAAAAUUGACAUCAAGAUGGCAGAAUGCUGUAGUGCAUUCACAAAUUUGCCAGGACGCUGUCCGUGGAGUGGAAUCACAUACCGGAAGGUGAAGCAGCCAUGACACAAUUAAUGCAGAGAAACAAAUUCGUCAAAUUUGGACAUAUUGAAAUGGCGUUUUCUCGUGAAAUCGUUUACAUUAAAGAUUUUUUAGAGGAUUUCCGACAAUUUGAGUUUGAUUAACUAAAAUUUGAGUCUACAAAAAACGCUAAGUAAUAAAAAUAUAGCUAUAUACCGGGGGGUUGUCGAUUCGUCAUUUGGGUGUACGAAUUAAAAUAAAAAUUUAUAUUUUAAAAUAUA